AUGCGUAACAACAAGGCCGCCAACAUUCAGGGACGUUAUACAUGUCACUGCGCUGAAGGGUGUACCCAGAAAAAUAUCAACGAAUACCAAUGUACGUCAUGUGAAAAAGGAUUCGAUGGACCAUACUGUCAAAGGGAAAACGUGGCUCUGAACAGAACAUCUUAUCAGUCUCAAACGUGUCCUGGUUUUGAAGUGUGUUCAGAUUACUGGUAUGGUGACGACUGUGACAAAACGUGUAACUGUAAAACUCAGACUGAAGUGUGUGACAAGAGAACGGGAUUAUGUCAGUCUGGAUGUCCAGUCGGGUGGACUGGUACAGCUUGUGACAUGUGUUCAGAUUACUGGUAUGGUGACAACUGUGACAAAACCUGUAACUGUAAAAUUCAGAAUGAAGUGUGUGACAAGAGAACGGGAUCUUGUAUAUCAGGAUGUAAAGCCGGGUGGACUGGUACAGCUUGUGACACCUGUGUCAUUGGAAAGUGGGGUCCGUCGUGCGCUAACACAUGUGGUCACUGUGUAGGAUCAGCGUGUGACAGACAGACUGGAAGUUGUCAGUGCCAGCCUGGAUGGGCUACCUCAACGUGUACAUCCUGUGUCAAUGGAAAGUGGGGUCCGUCGUGCGCUAACACAUGCGGUCAUUGUGUAGGAUCAGCGUGUGACAGACAGACUGGAAGUUCCUGCGUCAAUGGAAAGUGGGGUCCGUCGUGCGCUAACACAUGUGGUCAUUGUCCUGUGUUGAUGGAAAAUGGGGUUCGACUUGCAGUUUCAACUGUGGUCAUUGUGUUGGAUCUUCCUGUAACAACGAUGGAAGUUGUUCGUCUUGUGCAGAUGGCUUUUGGGGUCAGUCUUGUACUAACAGAUGUGGUCACUGUAGUGGAUCUCCAUGUGACAAAGCAAAUGGACGCUGUACGUGCCACUCUGGAUGGGCUCCUCCGAGAUGUACAGUCCAAACAUUCAGUACUGUGUGUACUCUCCACGUGCUCGGAUGACCGCCUCAAGCCUGCUCCUCACCCUCCCAGUCAAGUGUCGGAUCUUCUGACGAGGCAGCAACAGCCACUCCCGAUGCAAAGCAACUUCCAAUUCUCUCAGAUUCUGUACAGGGGGGUCCAGUUUCUGUAUUCGACGGCCAAGAAUGUCCCAAAUGUGCUCCAGGGGAUUCAGAUCGGGGCUCAUGGCGGGCCAAGGCAAAGUCGUCACAGCGUUGUUCUGGAGAUGCGCCGUCACAGCCCGGGAACGGUGAGGCCUGGCGUUGUCAUCCAUGUACUGAGGCCUUGUAGCGAGUGGGUGGUUGUCGAAAUGUGGCACCACAACUGGUUCCAGGACCUGACGGAUGCACUGGUCACCUGUCAAAUUGCCCUGAAUGGUGACCAGGUCCAGCUUGCAGUCAUGGGAGAUGCACCCCCAAAUCAUUACCGAGCCUCCUCCAGAGCUGGCGAUUGGGCAGCCAGUCACGUUUCAGCGCCGUGCUUGUUGCAAACUGUAGACGCCGUGCCAGCCGCCUCAGUGCUACGUCUUCACGGUUUGAUGUCACACGAGGUCUACCUGACCGUGGCAAAUCCUUCACAGACCUGUGUCGAUGGACUAUGGGGUCAGGCUUGCAGUAACCACUGUGGUAAUUGUAAAGAAUCUUUCUGUGACAAACAGACUGGGAGCUGUCAGUGUCAGACUGGGUGGGCUCCUCCGUAUUGUACAGUUUGUGCUGCUGAAUAUUGGGGUCAAUAUUGCAAUAAAACAUGUGGCCAUUGCAAAGCAGAACGUGUUUGUAACAAACAGGAUGCAAGUUGUGAGUGUCAAUCUGGAUGGGCGCCGCCACAAUGUACAUCUUGUGUCAAUGGAUUAUGGGGUCCCUCUUGUCAGAAACAUUGUGGACACUGUAGUGAAUCUUCAUGUAACAACCAGGACGGAAGUUGUCUGUGUCAAACAGGAUGGGCUCAACCGACAUGCACAGCGUGUCUUCAAGGUCGAUAUGGAGUCAACUGUAGUGAAUCGUGUGGUCACUGUAUAAAUGGUAACGCAGCAUGUAACAACAUUAGUGGACAGUGUGCUGCUGGAUGUAGUGCUGGGUGGAUAGGCGAUACGUGUCACAGAGAAUGCUCAGACGGUUAUUAUGGCAUCAAAUGCAAUAAUACAUGUGGUCAGUGUAUACAUGGUAACAAAACAUGUGACAAAGAGAGUGGACAUUGUCCUGGUGGUUGUGAUGCCGGAUGGACAGAUGAAACAUGUAAAACAGAAUGCCAACUGGGCAGAUAUGGUAACGACUGCAAAGAAAAAUGUGAUAACUGCAAAGUUUCAAACUGCAGUGGUAUUAAUGGCACUUGUCUUGAUGGGUGUAUUGGCGGAUAUACGAGACCUGAUUUUGGAUGUAAAGAGAAACUUGUUGCAGGAGGUAACAAAGUAGGCGUUGCCGCUGGUGGAGCAGCAGCUGCAGUAGCUUUUGUUGUUGUGAUUGUAGUCGUAGUGGUCUUCUGGAAAAGACGACAAAGGAAUGCAAACACAGAUAAAGAAGACUUCAGUGAUUUAAAAUGUACAUCGCCUCCUCCAGAUGAAGGUAUAGAUAAUGACGAUGAGUGUGAAAUCGAUGAAGAAUUACAUAAACGGUGCUACAAUCCCAAGACGGAAGACGAUAACGUGUAUGCAAAUGUAGGACAAACCCAGAUCGAAGUGGCUAACUUGCAUUCAUUUAUCAAGGGCAAAACAGAAGGUGAUUUUCAGGAAGAGUAUGAGUUGCUGCCAUCUGGUUUAGAAGCCAGUCACAAUGUUGGAAAGAAACCCUGUAACAAAAUCAAGAACCGGUUUGUGGCCAUAUUUCCUUACGACCAUUCUCGAGUACAUCUUGAAAAAUCGUCUGAAGAAGGAUCAUCUGAUUAUAUCAAUGCCAACUACAUUGGUGGAUACAAGAAGAAAAAGGCAUAUAUUGCAACACAGGGUAAGACGUCAAUUGAAUAUAUUGAAAGUUAA